AUGGUCAUCAAACGUACCAAGCAGAACCAGAUCUCUUUCGGGUACUGCGAUACACAGUCGGGCCAACGAGUCUAUCCACCAGCACCAGCUGCUUCCAGUAUGACAGACCUGUUGCCGGAACAAGAACCACCGGAGAGGAAGCCGAACUCUCAUUUCGAGGACGCUGAAAAGAUGCAUCUCAAGAUAUCGAGUUGGCCUUCUCUUGGUCAAUCCAGUGUUGUCUCUCGGCAUGAUGAUAGCGUGAGAUUUACCGUAUUGCUGGAAACUACAGCUGCCGGCCUUUCAGAGCAGGACGAACCUCAGCUUUGUCUCUGGCACAACCACAGCGGCAACUCCGACUGGGCUGAGCUGCCUCUCAAGCCAGUCCAGGAAGUGAAGGAUGCCACGCUCUUCCAUAGAUCUACAAAUGGCGCUCUCGUUCAAAGAUGGUUCUCCGGAGAGCUUUCUGGACUCCCUAAGCAUGGUCAGAGUGUCUCCUUCACCGUAAAGUUCCGCAUCAGCAAGGAUCACGGCUGGAAAUGGGUCAAAGAUACCACUGGCAUCGAAGAUGGCGAACUGACCUACCAAACCAAUGACUUCACGAAGCACUCGACGUAUGAUCUGAAGCAUUGGUUCGAUGACAUGAGCUCGGACAUAUCUAUCAAGAGCGAGCGGGCUGAGACUGAUAACACUCACCUCUACUCACUGACGGCUCCCAUAAAGCCUGCAAAGGGAGAGGACUCUGGAUAUCAACAUCAUCAACUUGGUCUUCCAAAUAACGCCUCAAGAUGGUUCGGUCUCGUCAGAUUGUGGUCUCCCUGGCUGGCUCCUCGACAAGGAAAAGGUAAGCUCGACAUUGACAAAGAUGCCAUUCUACUGUCAUUCCUGCGCUCAGAUGGCCUACAUGUUGUGAUUCUCGGUAUUUCCGGUAUCGACGACCUGGUGACGACCUUCUUCAACGAUCGCCACGGAAACAUCAUCAUCAAGGGUCGGAAUGACCGAACAGACACCGGAACAAGCARAGUCCUCGUAGCAGUGGCCGAGAGCUUCGAGACUGCCAAUGCAGCGGUCUUCUAUCACGCUCGGAAAGUCGUCGGAACGUUUUCCGCUUCCGAUUCAGACAAGGAGGUACAGACGAUGGUCGAGGGCGUGAAGCCAGAGUGGCUGGAAGAGUGGUACGAUGGUCUAACCUACUGUACAUGGAACGGUUUGGGACAGAAUCUCACCGAAAAGAAGAUCCUCGAUGCACUGGAUGCGCUGUCUACCGAAGGUAUCAAUAUCAGCAAUCUCAUCAUCGACGACAACUGGCAAUCGCUCGCAAAAGGAGAAAAUCAAUUCGUACGCGGAUGGUCCGACUUCGAUGCAAACAAGGAAGGCUUUCCUGGUGGUCUCAAAGCAACGACAACAGAGAUCCGCAAACGACAUCCUAAUGUCAAUCACAUCGCUGUCUGGCACGCUAUACUAGGUUACUGGGGAGGGAUUGACCCUCAAGGUUGGAUCGCCAAGAAUUACAAGACGAUUGAGGUAGAAAAGGAGCCAGGUGUUGCCGGUGGUACAUUCACUGUUGUUGCUGCGGAAGAUGCGAAUGGAUUAUACAACGACUUCUAUUCCUUCCUUACUUCGGUGGGGAUAGACGCCGUCAAGACCGAUGCUCAGUUUUUUCUGGAUCUCCUCCUCCACGCUCCGGAUCGUCGAGACAUGAUCAAGACAUAUGCUUCAGCGUGGACUAUCGCUCAUCUCCGCCACAUGAGCUCCCGCGCGAUCAGCUGUAUGAGCCAGACACCUCAACUUCUCUUCACCUCUCAACUUCCACUGAACAAGCCGCGCCUACUCGUGCGCAAUUCCGAUGACUUUUUCCCGGAAGUCGAAGCUUCCCAUCCCUGGCACAUCUUCUGCAAUGCAGGCAAUAGCUUACUGACACAGCACCUGAAUGUUCUUCCCGAUUGGGACAUGUUCCAAACUAGUCACGCCUGGGCCGGGUUCCACGCUGCUGCGRGAUGCGUCAGUGGUGGACCCAUCUACUUCACAGAUAAACCUGGAGAGCAUGAUUUGAAGUUAUUAAAGGCCAUGACAGCGCAAACGUCUCGAGGCAAGACGGUCAUUCUUCGGCCGCAUGUUGUUGGAAAGACGAUGGAUGCUUACCAAGGUUACAAAGAUUUGGCCGUUUUGAAGAUCGGAACGUAUGUUGGCUUCGCACAAACUGGGACUUCGAUUCUGGGAGUGUUCAAUGUUUCAGGACAGGAGUUGAGUGAGUUUGUCGGACUGAAKGACUUUCCCGGAACCGAGAAGGGGAGAUAUGUGGUGGGUAGCUUCAGCGAAGGUACGACGAGUGCUAUUUUGAGUGCUGAGGAUGCUWCGCCGUUCGUGGGUGUGGAGCUUGGGGCUGGUGGUAAGGGAUGGGAUGUCCUCUCUGCCUACCCAGUGAAACGGUUUGAGAAGUUUGGCAAGGGGAAAGACGUGAGCUUGGAUGUGGCGAUGAUGGGAUUGGUGGAUAAGAUGACGGGUGCUGCGGCUGUGACGGGCUAUGAUGUCUAUGUUGAGGGUACGGAUGAAGGGACGAGUGGCGGAGGGAGAUUGAGGGUUUGGGUGCAGGUCAAAGCGCUUGGGCUAUUGGGGUUGUGGAUCUCGGAACUGGAAGGAAAGACUGUUGAGGAUGACUUCAUGGUUCUGAUGUAUGGGAAGCCUGUGGGAGAAGGUUGCGUGAAGAAGAAGGGAAAGCAGCUAGAGGUGGAUGUCGAGAAGGCUUGGAAGGAGAGUGGUGAGGAAGCGGGAUGGAGUAAUGAGGUUAGUCUGGAGAUUUUCAUGCGGUGA